CAGUCAAUAAGGAAGAGAGAGAGAAGAGAGCAUUCUAGACUCUAGAGAGUGAGAAACAGGGGAGAGAAUGACAGUACAUUUGAAGGGUGGGUGAGUGAGAGAGAGAAAGAGGGGUUUCAGGAGAGGAGACAUGCCCAACUUGAACCCAACAACAGUAGUCAUUGUACUUGCACUUUCUCCUUCUUCAUUCCUACUUUCCCACUUCCCAAACGUGGCUUUGAUGUUGAAGAUUAGAUGAAACCGUUUCUCUCGCUCAAUUAUCCGGAUACAGCAUUCGAUUGUGCACAAAUUGAAUGCGAUUACUCGAUGGCUCAUAGUUCCUAUUCUUACGAAGAUCCCCUUUUCGCCGGUUCAUUUGUUGCUUAUGGACCACAGGGUAUUAAUCAACCCCAAAUGUUGCCCCAGAUGCUAGGAUUGCAAUCCACUAGAGUUGCUUUACCACUUGAUCUUGCCGAGGAAGGCCCCGUUUAUGUCAAUGCAAAACAAUACCACGGUAUACUGAGAAGGCGUCAGUCGCGAGCAAAGCUUGAGGCUCAGAACAAACUAAUAAAAAAUCGUAAGCCAUAUCUACACGAGUCUCGCCAUCGCCAUGCUUUGAAUAGGGUCAGGGGUUCCGGGGGACGAUUCCUGAGCACCAAGCAGUUUGAACAAUCUAAUGCUGAAGUUGCCACCGGCGCGCAUUCUAGCUCAGACCCCAGCAAGGAUGCAUCCAAGGUUGAAAGUCAUCUCUUGAGAACAGCUGGCAAUGCAUCUUCAAUCACAACCUGCUCGGAUCGGACGUCCUUGUCAAGCAACAGUGUUAGCAGGCAGCCGGAAGCGCAGUUGUUCCUGGCAGGCCCUGCAAACAUGGGCCGAGCUCCAGUGGUCCGGUGAGAGGUGGAACUGGACCACGCAAGAUCGAUCGAGCUUCAUCGGUCAGGCAACUCAUCCUUGGCUCUGUCACUUUACUUUCUACUUUGUGUUUUCAUGUGGUGUUGUAAAAUGUUAGUUUUAAAACUGAAGACUUCUACUAAUGCCUUUUCUACGACGGGGCCUUUUCUACGUAUUGUAAUGUUGCUGUUGCAUGUACUGGUCUUGUAAUCUUGUUGAAGUGGAUUGGACAUAUAUAUUUGUCAUUUGUGAUCCAUUAUCUGUAUAUUCAAACUUAAACUUUGAAACUU